CCAACCCCACCCUCUGCCAGCUAGCGGGUAUCUUUCGCUCGUAUUGUAACAACAAGUUGUAGAACAGAACAUGGCCCAGUCCGUACUCGAUGCUAUGCCCGCCGCUUCCACAGGCACCGUGGUCCUCAACGACCCGCUCAAUUUCUGGGGCGGAAAGCGUGUGGCAGCCAAGAAAGGAGCACUUUCGGAGGCCGUCUACGAGCCGGCCACUGGCCGCGUGCUGUGUGACAUGACCCCCUGUGGCAAGGAGGACGUUGAUGAGGCCAUGGGAAGCGCCCAGGCCGCCUACCUGCAGUGGAGCAAGCUGGCGGGCAUGGAGAGAAUGCGCAUCAUGCUGGAGGCUGCUCGCAUUAUCAGAGAGCGCCGGGAGAAGAUCGCAAAGUUGGAGGUGAUCAACAACGGGAAGUCGAUCACUGAAGCUCUGGUGGACAUCGACAUCGCCUGGCAGUGCAUCGAGUAUUUUGCAGGCCUGGCGGGAACGCUGGCAGGCCAGCACAUCCAGCUUCCCGGUGGAGCGUUUGCGUACACCAGGAGGGAACCUCUGGGCGUGUGUGUCGGCAUUGGUGCCUGGAACUAUCCCUUUCAGAUCGCAGUCUGGAAGUCCGCUCCUGCGCUGGCAUGUGGCAACGCCAUGGUGUUCAAGCCCUCCCCCAUGACGCCUGUGACCGCAGUCAUAUUGGCCGAGAUCUACAAGGAGGCUGGCGUUCCUGACGGGCUCUUCUGUGUAGUACAAGGUGGCGCCGAGACCGGCACCUUGCUGUGCCAGCACCCGACGGUCGCUAAGGUGUCCUUUACGGGCAGUGUACCCACAGGGAAGAAGGUGAUGGAAAUGUCAGCCAAGGGCGUGAAGCAGGUGACGUUGGAGCUGGGUGGGAAGUCACCGCUCAUCAUCUUCAAAGACUGUGAGCUGGAGAACGCUGUGAAGGGAGCCCUCAUGGCCAACUUCCUCACACAGGGAGAGGUCUGCUGCAACGGGACCAGAGUGUUUGUUCAGAGGGACAUCAUGCCGCAGUUCCUGGAGAAGGUGGUCAAGAGGACCAAAGCCAUUGCGGUCGGUGACCCUCUGCUGGAUGGAACACGCAUGGGAGCGCUGAUCAGCAAGCCCCACCUUGAGAAGGUUCUGGGUUUUGUCAAUCAGGCAAAGAAGGAGGGCGCCAAAGUGCUUUGUGGUGGAGAGAUGUUUGUCCCCAGUGACCCCAAACUGAAGGGAGGCUAUUUCAUGUCUCCCUGUGUACUCGAUGACUGCAGGGACAACAUGACCUGCGUCAGGGAGGAGAUCUUUGGACCCGUUAUGUCCGUCCUGCCUUUCGACACUGAGGACGAAGUUCUGGAGCGGGCCAACAACACCACCUUUGGACUGGCCUCCGGCGUCUUCACGAGAGACAUCUCAAGAGCUCACAGAGUGGCCGAGAAGCUGGAGGCAGGCACAUGCUUCAUCAACAACUACAACAUCAGCCCGGUGGAGGUACCCUUCGGAGGGUACAAGAUGUCAGGUUUUGGCCGAGAGAACGGCCAGGUGACCAUCGAGUACUACUCUCAGUUGAAGACCGUGGUGGUGGAAAUGGGCGACGUUGAGAGCCUCUUCUGAGGGGCUUUUGUUACUUUUAUUUGCACAAACAUCAGCGCCAUACACGCCUUUUUUGAGAACAAAAAAUUUGGUGUCGUCCCUGGUUAUGGAACUCAAGAACAACCUGCUUAUUAAAUGAAAAUGAAAUAAACAGUCUUUCUUUUGUUUUCUCUGA